AUGUGCCAGUGCUACAGCCGAGUGCUGCGGAAAUGGUUCUGCUGCGACUGCCUGACUGGGCCCUGCUUCCCUGGAACUGCGACAGCUGUCGUGUACCCGGGAAAAGGGGUUGCGAUGCACUCCCUGCAGCCCGGCGACCGGGUCCUGGCAGUGGAUCCCACGGGAGGGAACUUGAUCUGGACCCGAGUGUUGGCCUUCCUGGACCGCAGACCCGAGGAGUUGGCGGAAUACCUGCACUUGGAAACGGAUCUGCACACGUCUCUCGCAGUUUCCGCCAAUCACGUCCUGCUCACCCCGGGUGACGACGCGAAUAACAACGGGAGCACCAGCGCCAGCAGUUGUCAGGGCUUCGGAUACCAGUCCAGAUUUGCAGCAGACAUCCGACCUGGAGAGAGGCUGUUCGUGGCUAGUGGCAACUCUGUUUUGACCGCGGAAGUUCGCACAAUUAAACGGACAAUUGAAAAAGGUGCGUUCGUGCCAUUGACGGCAGAGGGCAACCUGAUCGUGGACGGCACCCUGGCUUCGUGCUACGCCACUUUCCACCACGACUGGUCCCACAUGGCCCUGAGGCCCCUCAUCUCCGUGGUCCAGCAGUGGCCAGCCAGCCAACACACCGUGCAAGCCUUCACUGGCCACUACGUUUCCUUCCUCAAGUGGGCCGGGAAUGUGCUCCUGCCCGAAGGAAGGCUCAAGUUCGGAGACAAGAGAAACACCGGCGUCCUCAAAACCAUUUCUCCGGAAACCAGUCCCCUGGACUUGGUCGACUCUUACGCCAAGAAAUGCUUCUUCUCCAUCCUGACAUCGGUGUAGAAAAUGGAAAUUUUGAAAAUGCCUGUCCUGGUCUGGGGUAGUGUUUCACGAAAAAAAAUAACAAAACAGAAACGACUUAGGAGAAUUAAAGGUUAAAUGUCUGCACGAAUAACAUAUUACUGUAUAUAUGGUCAGUAUUGGAUCCAAGCGUAUAUCAGCCCUCAAGUGUCCAUGGACAACAGUUUUCUUGGCAGACUUUCAUGCGAGCAGGAUCAGGAAAGUAUAUUCAGUCUCGGCCGAGUAUACGAAAUCGGAGUGCAGUAUUUGAAAUAUUUAUCGUUCACUCAUUUUAUUUGGGAAAAUUGCGUGUUUGUUAUCAUCGGAUGGAAUUUCGUUGCUGCUGUUAUAUUUACACAACAGUGGUACAAUGAAUAUGGACGACGAAAAUAGUUUCCAUCAGGAACUUUUUCUCCCCGGAGGAAUUCGAGCAUCGUGCCAACGAUUGGAAGCCACAUGUGUUCGUUGACGAUUCGAGAAAUACAUAAACAACUAUCGAGCAACAACAACAAA